AUUACGUAAGGAGACUGACCCACCUCCACGCUCCUUACCUUUGCGACGUUGACGCUUGUAACGACCUCACCCUACAAAGUCACAAUGUCGGCUCAACCUGGAAAGCCAGUACCUGUGGAGACACAGCAUGAGGACAUGAUUCACGAUGCGCAAUUGGACUAUUAUGGAAAACGGUUGGCGACUUGUUCCUCAGACAAGACCAUAAGGAUCUUUAACGUCAUCAAAGGGGAGGCUCAAGGAGAGCCAGUGAUACUGAAAGGUCACACCGCCCCCGUCUGGCAACUUGCAUGGGCCCACCCCUCAUUCGGGUCCAUCCUUGCCUCCUGCUCUUACGAUGGACGAGUCUUCAUCUGGAAAGAGGUCGGAGCGGGAGGAGGCAAAGGAAGUGGGGGAGAACUACAAGAUGGAUGGGAGAGAAUCAAGGAGCACACAUUGCACACUGCCAGUGUCAACUCCAUCGCUUGGGCACCUUAUGAUCUCGGCCCGAUACUCGCUUGCGCCUCGAGCGAUGGAAAGAUCUCUAUUCUCAGCUUUCAAAAUGACGGAUCUACCGACGCUUCCAUCUUCCCUGCUCACGGCCAAAGUGCCAAUGCCGUCUCUUGGGCCCCAUCCGUUCUCUCCACGCCUCCAGGCCAAGCUCCUCAACCCGGUCAGAACGGACAGGUUCCAGGAGUCGCCGCUGGAGCGACCUUGCAACAGCAGAAACGGAUUGUCUCUGGAGGGUCUGACAACCUUAUUCGGAUUUGGGGAUACGAUGAGCAGGCCAAAAAAUGGAUCGAGGAAGAAGUCAUCCAAGGACACGACGACUGGGUCAGGGAUGUCGCUUGGGCACCGAACAUUGGACUCCCAGGGAUGUACAUUGCUUCGGCGUCUCAGGAUAAAACUGUAUUGAUACAUUCACGACCAUCCCCUUCUGCCUCUUGGACUUCUACGGCCUUGCUUCCUAAUGCUCCUGAAUCAAAAGAUCCCCACUUUGCAGAUGCCGUCUGGCGAACAAGCUGGUCCCUUGCAGGCAAUAUACUCGCGGUGAGCUGUGGUGAUGGUAAAGUGAGCUUGUGGAAAGAAGGCGUCGGACGAGGUUGGGAGUGUGUCAGCGAUUUCUCAAGCUAGCUAGGUAUGCUAGCUAGAUAUGGAAUGAUUCGGCCUAGUUACAUGAGCGCUCUGUUCCUUUCGUUGAAGGACUUUAUCAUACCUUGUCAGCGAGAACAGUCCAAGGUGUCUCGCUGGAUCCAUUGA